AUGCGAACUCUGGUAAAAGGUCAGACCAAGACCACAACACUACAAAAGAAGACUCACCCAACAAACCCGAUGGUACUCCCGCAAAUUCAAAACCAACGCAAAACACCACAAACCGACCCCGGAGCGAACUUCAAGAACUACUACCCGGCGCGCACGAACAAACCAUCUCUUUCCAACAGACUCCACGUCUACUGGACCAGCCAUGAUGGUGCUGCCACACCAUCAUAG